AUCAGAUCAGGAUCGGACGGGCGCCGUGGCCGCAGAAGUGGCACUUUGGGCGUGGAGGAAGCAUCACGAUGGCGUUGCGGUGGCGCUCCGACUCUCUGGAUGGCGACCGACUCGUGGAACUCUACCAGCGGAAGGACGGUGACCUGGCCGCAAAGUGCAGCAGCGGCAGGAACGACAAACGUGUCCGCAGCUCACUCUCCGUGCACAUCUACGGCCUGCAAAGACGGCAGAACGUCGAUGUCUCCAGGCACGAGUACGACCACGGGCUGGAGGAGCUGAAAAAAAGUCACCUGGAGAACAUGGCGGAGCUGGAGAGGAUGUACAUCAGUCCCUGGGAGGAAGAUGAGGACGGACGUCUGCGGAGAGACGGCGACAAAAGCGCCAUCAGGGCUUCGUCCGCAUGCAGGAAGCUUCAGAGAAUCAAUUCCCAGGAGGAGCUGGAUUUCCCCGAGACGUCGAGCGGCUCCGACCAAUCCGAGCUGUCUGCGGAAGACGGCAGAAGAGAAACGACGCCGGACGCUCCCAGGAGGACUUCGACGCCGGGGCAAACCUUCGACGGAGAGAGUUCGCUCAGCCCAGAGGACAUGAUGAUGAUCCGGCAGCACCUCGGGGUCCGGUCCAGCUCGUCGGGUCCCAACCCCCAGAGCGGUCUCCUGCGUCAAAGGGGCUCUAACGGGCGGCCGGGCAACUCUAAAGUCACGGUGCCCAGACCUUUCCAGAUGAUGCUGCGAGAGGUGCGGAAGGUGCGCACCCGCUCUGAGUUGGAGCUUGAGAACGCGCUGCUCCGACGCGAGCUGGACGAGCUCAGGGAGUGCCAGAAAAAGUUCCGGGCCUCGCCGGCGCCGGCUCACGUCCGCCUGCCUCUCUACGACAUCAUCGGCCGCCGGCCGCCGCGGCCCUUCCACUUCCUGGAGAGAGAGAGGAAGAAGAGCGAGGCCAAGAUGGCGGCGGACCUGGCCGGCGCCGGAGGACCACAAGGUGGGCGGAGGGCCUUCGCAGCUCGGCGCGUGCCCGUCUCGAGGUCCGCCUCCGGGGCUCGGAGUCAGCGGUCGUCGCCCACCCCGAGCGGGGCCCCAGACCCCCGCCGAAAGUCAGAUGCCUACAGGCCUCAGAGAGCUCCGUCGCCCAAGGCGGCGGAGAAGCAGCCGGAGGUUUCCAUCGAGCUGGUCAAACCGGGCGAGUGGGCCCACGUGGACCCGAUGAGCAACGGGAAAUAACAGGCUUGUCUCGGCGUGUGCUAACCAACUGUACUGUACAUUGAAUUCGUUUUAGCGGGUUUAAUAAAGAAUGAAGAAUAUCAAAGUCGCUGAAACUUCAUUUUACUUGUUUUGACUGACAGA